GCAACCAUACGAAGAAAAUUGCAUUGCACAAAGUGGAUGUAGUUUUAAAGUAGUUUGCAACAAACCGGCUUACCAGUUGAAGCUGAGUGUGGUUUACAAGAAGUUGCAGAAUAAAAAAGUUUUCGCCAAAUACAGUCUCUCACGAAGAUUAUCACCACCCGCAGCAAUAUCAGCAACAUCUCUGUGGUGUGUUUUCGUGGCACGAUGUGAAAAUGAAGUUUGAGGAUAAACCGCAGCAGCCACAACGUCUUCUUCGUUGCUGUUGUAGCCGUAAUGAGUGAAGUGACAUCGGAGCAGCGCAGCCAUCAUACAUAGGAUUUUUAUAGCAGAGAAUGUUUCCAUAGCAAUGGGAAAAGCCGCGCGACGGUCAGUUGCGUCAGAUCCGUCGUCGCCGACCUUGCCCUUUUUGCAAUCUUCAACCACGUCAUCAACUGGCGCAACAUCAUCCUCCGGUUCAUCCCCGGCCUCGGCAGCAGCCUCCACACUCACGAGUAGCAGCAGCACUUCCAUCUACGGCAGUCGAAGCAUCAACUCGUCACCCUCAUCGUCAUCGUCGGAUUAUCCUUCCUAUCAUCCACCGAAAACCGCAACACUCCAAUCAGCGCCGUUGCCCUCGUUGGCCGCUGCGAAUUCCAACGCCCUCGAUCCUCUGUCGGACGCCACAGGCCACUUCUAUACGUCUACCACAACCCCUAGGCAGCCGCCUCCAACGUUUAGUUCAACCAACGACAGCCACAAGACCGCCAGUAGUACUAGUAGCCAUCUAAAAUCAACAACUCCAGUAACUGUUGCUGCUGCCACCAGUACUGAACCCAGUACUUCAGGCAUUACCAGCACAAGCGAUACUACUAGUGCUGUCACGUGGACCACUACGCCAACGACCGCCGUCAAUAGUACACUUAGCGGUGCAGUUAGUGCGCCUGAUAGACUAACCGAAAGUGUGACCAGUCCCACUCACAAAGGCUCAUCACUCUCAUUGCCCUCGUCUCGUCUCUGCAGCAACCAGACCCAAACGGACCGGGACCGGGAGCGACAGCGAAUGGAGUUCUACGCGACGUACGACGUGAUGACCGGUGUCCGGAUAGCGGCCACCCUCGGUGGCUUCUUUGGCCUUAUGGUGUUCCUGGUGAUCUACAAGAGCCGCACGCGAUCGACGGCGAAGGCACUGAAGGAUCCAACGAUAGCGGCCGUGGCCGCGGCCGUUAUCCAGGAGGAAGAAGAACGUGAACUACAGGAAGCGAUCGAAGCGACGGCGUUCUCGCUGCUCCAGGAGGAACUGCACAUCAACUAUCCGGGCCUGAAGCGGGACCGGUUGCUCUCGCUGGGCAACGUCAGUGCGCCGCCGAUGCUGAAUCGUAACUCGCGGUUUUCGUCCGUCGGCGGUGGGUACAGCAGUUUGCUGAACCCACCGCGGCGGUAUUCGUAUGCGAGCAGCCGGGGGCACCGGAACAGCGUUUCGGUGUCGUCGAGGAUACUCAGUGCCUACAAUAUGGGUGAAAGCUUUGGGCAGGAUGACUACUUUCCGGAGAGCGACGGUGAGGAAGCCGACGAUGAGUUCGACCAGUUUACAACGACAGCGGACGUGGGUUAUCCGCCGGGGAAUUUUCUAGCUGUGCCUGGAAGGGGGAUAGAAUCGCGACGGAGCAGUGCGAUGACUUGCUGCAGUACGGAAAGUUCCUUCCUGGAGCGACGCUGUUCCGCCAUUACGCUAGGACUAUCUUCGUUACCACCGAUUUCGCGAUCACCGUCGAGGCAGCAGAGUCGAAGCGACGAUCGUAGCCAAAUGAUGAACGGAUCCGCCCUGGGGGCGACCUGUGCCGACUGGGAUGCGUUCUAUCCCGGAAUUAAUAUUAUUGAAGCAACGCCAAAAUCGUCGCCAUGUCCCAGCGAACGGGUGGCGCAUCGAUCAACGAGUCUAUCAGCGCGAGACAGUUUUACCGGUAGUAGGAAGCAUCGACUUUGCGACGAUAACUCGAUCGAUUGUAUAUCCGAGUAUCCCGAUACGAAUGGUGCUGAAUUUAGCCAUAACCAAAAGCCACUACGACAGAGUUAUAGCAGUAGCAGUAGAAUAGAUGAUAUUAGUAUAGCAAACCAUAAUCCUAGCAGUAAUAUCGUUGUACGUAGAGCUCCUCUUGCGUCGCUUAGUUCCUUUAAGAUGUCGUCGGCCGACUGCCAGGAUAGCGAUCUACGCAGCUGUGGGUCGGAUUCGGUGUUCGACGACAGCUGCGCAGAUACCGACGAAGAUCUGCAACAGUUCAGUACCGACAGCGACGAGCUCAGUAUUCCAGACGAGGGCGAAUGUUCCGUAGCUCCCGUGGUGAUUAAGGUCGCAGGUCCUAGCACUUCGGUAUCUUAUUCCGUUGAAACAGUAGGGACUGGUGGCACGGCUGCAGGACCAAGCAGCAGUAGUAGUAGUACAAACCGGAUACAGCAGCAACUACACCAACGCGAUGCCAGCAGCGGUGCCAUCAGUGAUACGGUUUACGUUGAUAUCGAGCACCCUAAUGAAACUAGUUGUUUAAGUAGUCUUUCAAAUAGUAAUCGUCGUGGUAAAGCAAAACUGAAAACCGAUAAAGUGAGUUUAGUGACUAAAAUCGAAACAAAAGCAAUCAUCGAAAGACAGCAACAAAAUGACAGCCGAGAUCGGUCACCAUCUCCGCGAUCAUCAGCACAGUUGCACGGAAAGUCAACGGCCAGCGGUGCAACCAUGCCUAGCAAUCAAACGUCUAGCGGUCAUUCAAGUAGUCAUAAAAGUAAAGGCAACAAUAACACUAGCUCUAGUACUCCAAAUAAUGAAAACGACGAUAAUAGCAAUCAAGUUGAGGACGCAGCCAAUACUAAGUGCGUUGAAGUUAAUGUUAUAAUCAAAAACCAUAGCAGUAAUAUCAAAAGCCCCUCUGUGAUUCUCGAGCUACCUAUACUGACGAUAGAUGAGGAUAGCUCCCAGUCGCCACUGUCGCCGGUGGAUCCUUGCGUGCCUGGUCCAUCGCGGAAGUGGUCCAAGGAGACGCUAUUCUAGUUGCAACGGUUUCGACUGUCACUGUCCUUCCAUCUACAACUCUAUUUUACACCAACCAACCAACCAACACACCACCAACAUACACCAACAACAAAAACAACAGUACCACCAGACAACAAAUCAUUCAUACGGGUCAUGAUGGGUUGAACACGGAUUAACAACUUCAUGUUUCAUGCACUUAUCAUCAACUCCCGAAUUCAAUCGAAAACUAAUUUCAGUAUCUCUAAUAGCAAUCUAUCGUUCCGUCCAGUAACCACUCAUAGUAUUUGUUAAACGUUGUAAAGCGGUGUCAAACGUUGAUAUUCACAAUUUGGCUGAUAAUACGAAAUAUGUGUAUCUUGACGCGAUAAAUAGAAUCAAUUUUUAAGUGGUUUUGCAAAACGGAAAAUUGGUAGAACAAGAAUGGAUGGUGUCAGGGAUUCUAAUAGCCAUUUGGCAACUAUAUGUAUGUGCUGUCUAUGUCAAAAUCAGUUGAAAGUCGGCUUUCCUACAGCAAGGGGUGCAGGAGAUAAUAAUAACAAUCGUAUCCAUGUAUAGCUGAAUAGACUACCUUGCCAGAGUUGUUGAAGUUGCCAACUACGUAUAUCUCUUUAUCCGCUCAACCAACUUCUGGCGCUACUCAUUUGCCACACCUUCUGCUAACAAGCUCUGGAUAUUGCAACCCAGCGGUAGCAGAAUUUUUGAUUUCCUUAUAGAGGACUAUGCACGACAACGAGGUAAUGAUCCAGAGUGGAGGUAUGGUCCUCUGAAGGUCCACCAGGACAUGGACUAUUUGGUUGCAUGUUCCGCCAUCUGGGUACAUGCAGUUGUGUUUACGGAUAUCUUUGCGUAAACAGAGUCAAGGACGGAAAAGUCCACCCCACCGACCAAGUAUUAGCGUCCUUUAUAGCAAUUUUCACGUCAUGUUUUGGACACUCUCCGUAGGUUUUGUUGAGAUAUUCGUAAAACUACAGAUAACAGACGUUAAUGCUAGCAUACAAAAUAUGUCUAAACCCUUUCAACCGUCAUUUUAAUAAGGAAACCUAACUGGCAACCAUUUGAAGAUGACGCAACGAUCGCAUUCAUAUCGCUUGAGUGCAAAUGGCCAACGCAAAAAAUCUCAGUCAGAUAGCAAUUCGUUGUGUACAUGGAAGCAGUAAGCAACUUACAUUUGUUUCUACAGUUUUUACACAGGUUUUGAGUUAGAGUGGAGCCUCGUAGCCGUGCGGUUAGGGUCACCAAGCUUCUAAUCGCACCAUGCAAUGGUACGAUUUACUAACAAUUACAUCACUUUAGCUAAACGACUGGCCAAAGUAAUUUAUCCGAAGUUGUUAGCCGUAUUGGUUGGUCCAGAACCAUUUGGAAUUGGAACUACUAACCUGUGUUUCAUCCAAUAUCCUCGGGAUCGACUGAUUUCCUCUGGCUUUUCGGAGAUCAAAUACAAUCUCUUUCAUGGAGAAAGAAAUGUUGAAGUCUUGUCCGUGGUCUAGUGCAUUGCAGUUGCUCCAAACGGUUGACAAUCGAGGAAGGUUUUAUUGUAGCACUCCAUGGACGAAGCGUCCUUGAAAAAAUCGACCAAGACGUCCGCCAUGACUGCUGGAUCUCUCGUGCAGAUAUUAUUCACUUUCAGAGCAAUGCAAUUAGGCUUCGCUAAUUGACUGUCGUCCAAAAGCUUACUCCAGGAUUUUUGCUUUGCCUCCCGUAUCACUCGACGACAGCUAUUAUGAGCCUCGUGGUACCAGUUAGUGGCAUCUAUUUUUGGGGUUUUCAUCGAGAUGUCGUUUGCAUGCUCUGGUCGCUUUGCGGCGAACUUAAAUCAUUUUUCUGUUUCGUCUGAUCACCAAUGUAAACCUCGUCGUCCAGCAUUAUGGCUAUCUCUAGCUCUAGAUAUCCAGUUCGUCGCAGCACUAUUGAGUACGGAAGUAUGAUUCAAUGUAUUUGAUGAGGAACAUUCGUUGAGCUUAUCAUCAAUUAUUUCUUGAAAGUUGAUUCAGAUCACUUCAUAUUUCCAUCUAGAGCAUCUGGACGUUUCCGGUGCAAUGUUGCCGGUGAGAGAUAACCAAAUCGGGAAGUGAUCGCAUCCAUGUAGAUCUGGACCACACCCAACAAACAUUGUUGCUGUAUAAAAGUGGAACGAACCACUCUUAAGCAAACUUCAGCUUAAGAAACUGCUAUUCAGCUAGUUCUGUUACUUGGGCAG